CCUAUAAGAGCCUGAGCUCGGCUGGUCCCACCAUGUUCUGGCAUAUUCUCUGGGUCCGUCUUGGAAGCUGGCGACAUGACCCUCCAGUGCACCAAGUCGGCAGGACACUGGAAGAUUAUGGUGUGGGACGAGGAGGGCUUCCAGGGCCGGAAGCAUGAGUUUACGGCGGAGUGCCCCAGUGUGCUGGAGCUUGGCUUUGAGACUGUGCGAUCUUUGAAAGUGCUGAGUGGCGCGUGGGUAGGCUUUGAGCAUGCUGGCUUCCAAGGGCAGCAGUACGUGCUGGAGCGGGGCGAGUACCCAUGCUGGGAUGCCUGGAGUGGCAACACCGCUUACCCCGCAGAUAGGCUCACCUCCUUCCGACCAGUGGCCUGUGCCAACCACCGUGACUCGAGGCUGACCAUCUUCGAGCAAGAGAACUUUCUGGGCAGGAAAGGCGAACUGAGUGAUGACUACCCCUCCCUCCAGGCCAUGGGCUGGGAUGGCAAUGAAGUGGGGUCUUUCCACGUGCACUCAGGGGCCUGGGUUUGCUCCCAGUUUCCCGGCUACCGAGGCUUUCAGUAUGUGCUGGAGUGCGAUCACCACUCAGGCGACUACAAGCACUUCCGAGAGUGGGGCUCUCACGCGCAGACUUUCCAGGUGCAGAGUGUCCGCAGGAUCCAGCAGUGA